CUGACAAGAAACGAGUGCCUAAUAAGUCGGUAUGUGAUCCUGGACAUUCGCCAGGCUGCUGAUGUACUGGAAGUGAGAACUGUGUUCCCAGAAGUGUGGGUGUUGUUUUCCUGGAUGGGGAGCCGCAAUAAAAACGUCCUGCAGGGAUCUUUUCCCUCUCAGACUCGGGUUACUCGUUCAGAUAAAAGCAGCGAAGAAGCAGAGCGGCUUCAUUUCAGCUCAUCAUGUCUGCGUCGGUGGCGUCUUCCUCGCUGGCCGGCGUGACGGUCAUCACCCAGGUUUACCCUUCAGCCCCGGGGGCCCAAGGGGGCCCACCGCUGGGCCCCCAGGGCGCCACACAGAGACGGUUGCUGGCACUGGGGACGGUGCAGAUCAUGAUCGGCCUGCUGGUCCUCCUCUUCGGGAUCGGGAUGGUGAUCCCCCCAAACUCGAUCGCCGUGUUCAGCGGCAUCUUUGUGUGGGGAGCCGUGUUUUACAUCCUGGCCGGCUCUCUGACGGUGGCUGCCACCAGGUCCAUGGACCGCUGCAAGGUGAACGCCGCCCUGACCCUCAGCAUCAUCGCUACCGUGCCCUCUGGUGUCGCCGUCAUCCUCCACUUUAUUGACGCCAGUGGACUCGUCAUGAUCUGGUACUAUGGAUACUAUGACAACUAUGGAUACUAUGGGUGGCAGACUCUGUCACAGGCCAUGUCAGCCGUGUUGGGUAUUUUCUCCCUGCUGGAGUUCAUCGUGGCCAUCACUGUCGCCGUGGAAAUCUGUAAAGCUAAAAGCCACUCCAACACCCAGUCGGAGUUCAUUAUGAGCAACAACUUACCUUCAGGCCUCCCAGCAAACAUGCAGGCUCCGCCCACUUCAGCCGUCAUCUACCAGACCAUGGAGCUUCCUAAAGAACCAGAGAACAAAGGAGCUGCUGAUCUGUGCGAGCCUCCAGCAUACACCACCACUGUCGGCUGACCUGCCGCUGGUUAAAGAGCUUUGCUGAUCAGAAACACGAAUGAUUUCACAGCUUCAGGACACAGCUGCAUUCAGAAAUAAUGGAUUACAGACUGCAUUGACCAAUCAGAAUCAAGUAUUCAACAUACUUGUGUAAUAAAUAAACA